AUGAAACAGAUUGUGGUUAUCGGUGCCGGUGUAAGUGGUCUCAGUGUUGCAGUACAGUUGGCUGAACAUCAUUACAACGUGGCUAAUGUAACAUUAAUAUCCGAAACCGUUAGUCCCAACACGACAGGCGACGGGUCGGCCGGUUUGUGGGGUCCAUACUACUGUGGGAAAACGCCAGAUCAUAAGAUAGUCAAAUGGUCCAGCGAAACGCAUCUGUUCUUCCAUCAGCUGUGGAAGAACGGGCUCGGUGGAAAGAUCGGCGUCUGUCUGCAACCGUGCAUGAGGUUAACGACGGACCCGAACGGGUAUCCGGAGCCUGCCUGGAAGGAUGUGGUGUUCGGUUGCCAGAAGAUCAAGGAAUCGGAACUACAGCGGCUGAGUAAUGAACAUGGCCGGAUGUACACGGGUGGAUACCACUUUGCCACGUUUACGUGCGAACCUUCCGGUCUGUUGCCGUACCUGUUCAAUCGUUUUAUCGCGGUUGGUGGGAAGUUUGUGGCGUCGAAAGUGCGCAACUUCGAUGAAAUCAUUCGUAAUCGGCCGGUGGAUCUGAUUGUCAACUGUAGCGGGCUGGGUUCGUUGGAGUUGGCUAGCGAUAAGGCGGUACAUCCCAUCCGAGGUCAGGUGGCCCGGGUUAGUGCACCGUGGAUUUAUGAAGUCAUUCUAGACGACAGUGAUGAUGGAAAUUACAUAAUUCCCAACUGUGAGACAGUCAUCUUGGGCGGAACGCAUCAGAUGAAUGAUUUUAAUCGCAACGUUGCACGAGACGACAGUCGAUUUAUUUUUGAUGGCUGUGAACGAAUGCUCCCGAGCCUUCGUACCGCAAAUGUCACAAACGAGUGGGUUGGUCUACGGCCUGGGCGGGAUAGCGUGCGCCUUGAAAUGGAACACUAUCGAUCAGACGAUAAAAAGGAUUAUGUUCCAAUAAUUCACAACUACGGACAUGGAGGCUGUGGAGUGACACUGUGCUGGGGCUGUGCUAAGGAAGUGGUCGAAAUCAGUAGUACGCUCGGAUGGAGUAAACCCACCUCAUCUAAACUAUAG